AUGUUGCGAUUAGCGCGUGGACCGCUUACUAAAAUACUGCAAGCUCGUUUGCUUUCAGCGGAUUCCGCAUCACUGAAAACCAAGAAAGUGGGAAUAAUAGGGUUAGGCAAUAUUGGGAAUGCCCUUAUCAAAAACCUGGAGAGAACUGGGUAUACAGUCACCUCAAUCCUGGAUAUCGACAAAGAGAGGUAUGGUGAGUUCGAGGACCGGGCCUUUUCCAAACCUGACAACGCCAAGAGCCUAGCAGAGGAAGUUGACAUAGUGUUCACAGGGCUACCCAUGCCGCAUCACGUGAAGGCAGUGUUCGAGGGAGAGACAGGACUACUCGAGGGGCUGAGUGAAGGUAAGAUCUGGAUAGAUCACUCUACAACAGACUACGAGCAGACAGAGGAGAUGUGUGUUCAGGUGGAGGAGAGAGGAGGAAGGAUGUUAGAGGCACCGGUGACAGGGGGGUUGGAGGCACUGAAGAAGGGGCAGAUGACUGUGUUCAUAGCUGGAAAUGAGGGUGUUGCGGAGGAGGUGAGGCCUAUGAUGGAUGAUAUUUACAGCAAUGUUAUCUACACAGGACGCAUAGGAACAGCACUAAUACCCAAAGUGCUGUCCAACAUGCUGACAUGUGUUCACAAUCUGGCUAUGGGGGAGGCGUUUAUGAUAGCCAAGAAAUCAGGAGUGGAUAUGAAGACCAUGUUCGACUGUAUCAGAGCUAGUGCCGGGAACUCGUUUGUAUUGGAAACAGGCGGUCCUAUGCUCAUGCAGGGAACAUACGACCCUUCAUUCACCAUCGCUUUACAGUGUAAAGACAACAGGCUCGGUUACCAAAUGGCCACCAAACACAAAGUCCCCAUAGAGAUCCUAGGACACGCAAUGCAGGCGUACAACAAGGCAUUGUAUAAAUACGGGGACGAAGCCCCUUGCUACAUUCCUCCUAAGAUGCUGGAGGAGGCCUGUCGUACAGACCUUAGGUGUGAGGAGUUUAAAGAUUGGGAGUACUCUAUACAGAAUGUAGAUGGAAGUUCUGUGAUAAGACAUCACGGUAUUGAUAUUAAACGAUCUGAUAAAAAAGAGCUUAGUGAUUUUGAGGUUUAAUUUGUCUGCGGUUUCAAUCCAAUACAUUUUAUUUUUAAAUGUGUUUAUUGAAUUGAAAUAGUAUAAAUGCUACUGUAACUAGUUAAAAAAGGUAGUAUCAUUAAUCAUAAUACAUAGAUUCUUAUUCUUAUUAUGAUUUUAGAUAGAUAAGUGUGACGAUAUGUAUGGUUAAUGCUAUGUGUAUUUAUUCGGGUAUUAUUAGUAAACGUAUGUAUACGUAUGUAAAAUGUUAAGGUAUACCUGAACAUUUUACAUAAACCGUUUUCAUUUCGUUAAA